GGAGGCAGACGUAGGUCAAACACCACGGAGGAUGUCGAGACUCCUGCUGUCACUGCUGCUGCUGUUCCACAUCACUGCGAUACUCAUCAGGGAUGUCCGAGCUGGCCACCCCUCAUGGAUUCACUGCACCAGCAACCUGCACUGUGCGCCCGGGUACUGCUGCAGAAUGGGAUUCCAGAGGUACAGCAUCCCGAGUUGCGAACCUGUACUGAAGGAUGGCGAGCCCUGCAAACCCGGUGAACCCUUCAUUACGAACGGUACUCGAGGCUACCCGGAUGGGACCACGAUAGAGCUGGAAGACGUGUACGUGAUGUUCUGUCCGUGUGCCAUCGGACUCGCCUGUGAUCGGGAGGCCUUUGUCUGUCGGGAUGCCAGUGAAAUGAAAGACUUCAACCAUUUAAGCGGCAAAUCAGACAAGACCGAUGACUGAUCCACUUAAUACAAUCCGCAAAUUUAUCCAAACUUAUGCGAUAGCGUUUCAUGAAUGCAUGCAUGCCCUCUUGGAUUUACAGCACAUACGUUCGAGAGGCGGAGAGUCACGUGAGCCUUAUUGCUAUUGGCUCAUCCUUACUUUCAAGCACACGGGCAUACUUGCGUAUAUGCCAUUGCAUGCUCAAUAAAUAUAUAUUAACAUAUAUCCGUACAUA